UUCCUCUGAGCGCUGCAUUAUGAAAAUAUUGUCAACAUGCAACCGAUAUAUCAAAGCAUAUUGUAAUAAUAGCUGUGGGGAAGAGAGUGUGAAGAGAGCCCUUCAUUUACAUGACAAAGAAAACAGCCCCGCUAAGAGACAUGCGCCAAACAGGAACAAUUCGCCUAUGACUGGAACUCGAUUAACAAAACCUGCAGCAGGUAAUUCUAGAGCAGGUGGGAAGAAAAUUAAUCCCUCUCAAACAAAAGAGCCCAUGACAGAUGCUGAGAGACUUCUGUUCCUCAGGUCUAAGGUGAAAAAGUCUCUCAAGGAUCUCAUGAAAUACAGGCAACAGCUGGAAACAUUAUUGCCAGUAGAGGGCAGUAGUGAGCUGAGGAGUCUCUUUCUGAUGAGUCCUGCUGAUCUACAAACUGAACUCAAGAGACAUGAGAAUCUGUCUGCUAAAGUUGCAUCUUGCGCACAUAGAGCAGACACAAACAAGGGUCAUUUCCAAGGGUUGAAACAGACUGGCAGCUCUUUUGAAUUUCUUAAGGCAAUUUUAAGCCGCUGAGGGAUAAUUUCUCGAUGUAGGACAUGGGCGGCAGCUGGUGCCCGCUCAAGGUGGAUCACGUAACUCUCUCUUUAUCACUUCUAGAGGCUGUCUGAAGGACAAAAGCUUAGGCUGACCUAACAAAACACACACUUGUCACACACUUUGCAUUGCUACGGUCUGUUGAGAUGAACAGGAACGGCAUCUCAGAAUUCAGCAAUUUUGGUCUGUUUGCCGUGGGCUGAUAAACUCACUGAGUUCAAUAUUUUUAACCAAGCACGUCAUGCAAGAUAUGGUUAUUUAAUAUUGGCACCAUCCAUUAAAAUUGUAUCACGCAUCCUACUUAUUGUGGCUUGCCGUUUGUUUUACAGGAAAUUGUGUAAGACAGUCAAACAAAAACUGAUUCAUUCUUUCCUGAUCCUAUGUGGCGGCUGCAGACCUCGCUCGGGCUGUAACACACUAGCCCCUUUGUGACCUGAUAACAUUUAUAGUUGUAAUGGAUUUUUUUAAUGGCCGUCAUUAACUCGAACAAAGAGGGGUGAGAAAGAUUGCUUGUACUUUUUUCCCCUUGGUAUUUCAGCUUUACAGCAUUAUGUUCUGAUAUGUCUGCUUCCAUCAUUUUUGUUUUACAGCUCAUGAAGUUGAAGCAUUUUAAUGCGUAGCUUUAAUACUAGUCUUUAGUCACGGCCAAGAUGAUUACACUGUGUUAAUGAAUAUUUCUCUUCAUCUACUACUUGGAAAAGUCAAUUCAGUUCAUACUUUUUUCUUAAGUUUUGUUUAUUUGAUGAGAACUAUUGUUUAGGACUACAUGA